AUGGCCUCGCUCCACUCCAAGAAAAGCGACUUUGGCGAACGCCACGAGAACUUAUCGACCUCGUCCUCCAAUGAAACUGAGGACGUGCUUGCACUUACCGUCAGCAACCACCCUGGCCACCACCAGCACUACGCCAGAAGAGGGUCCAUGUCGCUGGAGCACUACUCCGUGCACCACAUCUACGGUGACUUGGACUCCGAAGACAUCGACAUGCAAAGAAUCGCCACCAGAAACACUAUCCUCAGCGAGCUUGCCAACAGAACCGGCGUGGAGGAGCUCGACUUCCACCACGACCUCGAGAAGGGAAAGGAGGCGUUGAUCCCCGAAAGUGCCAUCACCAUCGAAAACGCAGGUGAGGAGUUCAACCACGUCGACCCCGAGUUGAUCACCUGGAACGGUCCCGACGAUCCUGACGCCCCAAGAAACUGGCCUGCCUUCACCAAGAUGUACUUGUUGGGCAUCGUUUCCUUCUACGCGUUGGUGGCACCCAUGUCGUCGUCCAUGCCAUCGCCUGCCAUGCCUGAGAUCGCCGAGCAGUUCCACAUCGACUCCCCCACCAUCUCGUCCAUGGUGGUGUCGAUCCAGAUCUUGGCUUGGGCCUUGGGGCCCUUAGCCAUUGCUCCAUUGAGUGAGCACGAUAAUAUCGGCAGAAAACUUGUUUUGGACAUCUCGGUGUGGAUGUCCCUUUUCUUCAACAUCGGCUGUGCCCUCUCCAACAACACGGCCCAGAUGAUGAUUUUCAGGUUCGUGGGUGGCCUUUUUGGCUGUGUGCCCUUGAACGUCGGUGCUGGUGUCAUUUCUGACUUGUAUGGUGCCAGAUCAAGAAACUUGGCCUUGGCCGGCUUCGUUUUGGCUCCCUUGUUGGGCCCUAUUUUUGCACCAAUUGUCUCCGGCUUCAUCGUCCAAUCCUUGAAGUGGAGAUGGGUUUUCUACGUCUUGAGCAUGUUCAAUGGUGUGGUAGCCCUUAUCGGUACCAUUUUCUUGAAGGAGACAUACACCCCUACCUUGUUGAGAAGAAAGGCCAAAAAAUUAAGAAUCGAAACCGGAAACACCAACUUGCAUACCAUCUACGAAAUUGCCGAUGGUGAGACUAUGAUGAGCAAGAUCAUGUUGACCAUGACCAGACCUAUCAAGCUACUCUUCACCCACCCAAUGAUUGUGGGAUUGGGUUCAUUUAUGGCUUUCACUUACGGUUUCAUGUACCUAAUGAUCAUCACUUUCCCAACUAUAUUUGGCAAGGUUUACGGAUUUAGCAAGGGUGUUACUGGCUUGAUGUACAUUCCUAUGGGUGUUGGCUUUUUCCUUGGAGUCAUUUUCUGGACCUACGCGGUGGGCAGAGUUUAUGAAUCCAAGAUUGCCAAGAAUGGAGGUGUUGCCAAACCAGAGUUCAGAUUGCCAUGUUUAUUUCCAGCAGCCAUUGUUUUGCCUAUCGGGUUGAUUUGGUUCGGUUGGUCUGCCGAAAAGAAAUUGCACUGGAUUAUGCCAGGCAUUGGAUCUGGGUUAUUUGCGUUUGGAUUCGUUUGUGUCUUCCAAUGUAUCCAAAGUUACUUGAUCGACAUGAACCCAAGAUUUGCUGCUUCUUCUGUUGCAGCAGCAGCAUUAUUCAGAGCGUUAUUUGGAUUUGGAUUCCCAUUAUUCGCGAACAAAAUGUUUGAUAAAUUAGGAUAUGGCUGGGCCAAUACUAUGUGUGCAUUCAUUGCGAUUGUUUUGGGAAUUCCCUUCCCAAUAUUCUGCUACAUUUACGGGGAAAGAGUCAGAAAGUGGGCUGACAAGAGAUUUGAAACUAGUCAGAGAUUGAGAGAUCAAAAGAAUUUGAGGAGGUUGCAGAGAAAAAACUUGAAGAAGGGCCACGAGGUCGAGUCUGACUCCAGCAGUCAGUAA